GCGCGAUGUUUAAAGACGCCACCGGCCAUAGUAAACGCGAAAACCAGCUGGUCGGAGAGAGCCGCACGUUUCGAGUGGCAGUUGCUAAACAUAGGAAAACACUAUCUGCAAAUCAAUGCCCAUUAAUGCUCGGAUGGCACGACGGUGAGCCAUUAUGAAGGAACGUGAACUGGUAGGCGCAAAGUGUAAUUGCCGGCCCCCAAACCUUGAUAGAUGAACUGUCACCGACGCCUUGGGUCCUUCUUUUUCCCCUGAAGACGGAGAGAUCGGCCAGAGCACAUAGGCUGUAUAAUUGUGGUGUAUCCAGCAUCGUUCAAUCCCGGGAGAAGCUCCUCACCUGCGGGCCAGACACAAUGACUUCCCUUGCGCACUGCAAUCAUCUCGUUAUCGUCUGUUGCCAUGCUAUAUACCUGGGCGGACCAACCCACGGCGCCUCGGAGGACGAAUGGCUAAUAGAGCCAUUCCAAGAUGGCGAAACACCCACGUUCAUCCAACAUGUUAAAAGCGGCGUUGCUAAGCUCGCAGAGGAUCCAUUGGCAAUCCUCGUGUUUUCAGGAGGCCCAACAAAGAAACAGAAAACGAAUCUCAGAGAGGGCGAAUCAUACCUAAACCUCGCCAAGGAUAACAAUCUCUUUUCACACUCAUCCAGCAUCAGUCCGGAUCGACUCAUUGCUGAAACGCACGCUACUGAUUCCUAUCAAAAUGUGCUCUUCUCCCUGGUUCGCUUCAAAGAACACACAGGCUCUUACCCCAAGAAGGUAACAGUCGUCACGCAUGAGUUCAAAAGGAAACGGUUCAUGGAAUGCCACUUCCCCGCCGUGGGGCUAAUCCCACUGUCCAAGAGGGAGGGUGAGGAAAGAAGCGGGAUCGGGCUCUGGAGAGAAGAUCUAUACGGAGUCGGAACGAGGUUGGCAGGGAAAAGGGCCAAAAGAGGGUGGCAUUCGGGGAUGGAGGAGGAGCUUUUUGUUACUGUUGAUUUGGAACCUGUGGUGAGGGAAUUAAUUUGCUGGAAUGGAGGAGAGACCGGUAAUGACUGGUUUCCAAGGAUGAAGGAGUUGCCUUGGUAUAGUAAUGCAUGACAUCCAGAG